AUGUUUCAGGUUCAGUUCCGUGAAGUUGAGAUGUCGGCGCUACAUGAAGAAAGAUCACGGAGAGAAGAAUUGGAACGAAAGUUACAGGAAGAAACCAGAUUACGAGAAGAAAUAAUUAAUCAACAGGUCAAAUUACGCGAAAAACAACGCCAACAGGCUCGUCCUUUAACCAGAUAUCUACCAAUCAGAAACAAGGAAUUUGAUUUACGCCAGCAUAUAGAAUCCGCGGGACAUCAUGUCGAGGCUUGCUCUCAUGUGAUAGUGACAGCUAACAGUUGCCGUGGUUUCUUACAUAAAAUGGGAAAUAAAUUCAAAACGUGGCAUAAACGAUGGUUUGUGUUUGAUCGUUUAAAACGAUCACUAACGUACUAUGGUGAUAAAACUGAAACUAAGCAACGCGGAGGAAUUUAUUUUCAAGCAAUUGAAGAAGUGUAUGUAGACCAUUUACGGACAGUUAAAAGUCCAAAUCCGAAAUUAACAUUUUGUGUGAAGACAUAUGAUAGGACCUAUUUUCUUGUGGCUCCUACGCCAGAGGCGAUGGGAAUUUGGAUAGACGUUAUAUUCACUGGUGCGGAAGGAUAUCAGCAAUUUUUAUGA